GUAUAAUUAGUCAAAAGGCACAAUUAUUUUAACAUUUACACGUAUUAGUUAAUUUUUUAUUUAAAAACAUGGAUCCACCGAGUCCAGAACACCAAACUAGUGAUUUUGAAGUCCAGAAAAAAAUGGAGGACGAACACUUACGGUUACAGAGACAAGUUCGCAUGAUACAGACAGACAGGCAGCACCGCUCGCUCGGAGUCCACCCACAGUUCCGGCGACAGGACCAUCUGUUGCGCACUCUUAAGAAGGAGUACCUCAACCUUUAUAAGGACCUUAAGAUAGCAAGGUCAGGGGCACAUAAGAAGAAUGAUAAGAAGAUGAAAAAGGAGUUGACGCGAGCCCUCCUCACACGGACUCAACAUGAAGAAGAAUGCGAAGAAAGACUUACUCUAAUGGAGCAAGUAGAGGAAUUGUUGCACCGAAAGAAUAAAGAGUUACUUCAAAUAAAUAGCAAAGUCAUAGCGAAUAUUGGAGAGCUAGAAGUACGCAGAGGUCUCAGUGAGAAUAGACUACAGUCUGCUGAGAAUAAACUCGAGGUGGCUAUGUGGAGAUUCAACGAGGUGCAGUGCGAGAAUAAGAAGAUUCGACGGGAGAUUGAGCAUAUGCUCAAUGAUAGAGCACUCUUCAACCAAUCCUGGACUAAAAUGAUGUCAGCUCUGGACAAAGGCAAGAAGUUCCUAACGGAUCUAUUCGAGUCGUCCACACUGGCGUACGACCAGAGAGACGAGUGGUGCUCCAAGCUAAAGUCUGCUCAAGAGAAAGGGAAAGUUGAUCAGAUGGUGCAAGUCCAGGAAAUGAGGGACUUACAAAAAGCCUUUGACCAUGAGAUGAAGUUGUACAACUUCUUAGCAAAGAAAGGUGUCAUGAGAAUCAACGAGAAGGCGGAGAAGACAGAGGAGGCGCAGAAGAAGAAACAAGAAGAAGAUAUCGAGAAGGAUUUGGAAGCGCAUUCUAAAAUAUUCAGCGACAUUAAUGAUUACACAAACGAGUACGAUGUCAACAAAAUAAUAGAGCAAUUCGAGCGCGUGGAACAUGAGAACUUCUCCAUAUACAAGCUGCUGAACGAAUACUGCGCUGAAAAUGAAGUGUUGAAGAGAGGGAAGGAAAAACUGAUACAGGAAAUUGUGGACAGAAGAGACUGGAACGAGAAGAUGGAAGAUAAAAGGCAGAAGGAGUUGCAAGAGUUACGAGACAAAUUGGAGAAACAGAAGUUGGUUACAGAAGAUAAAAAGAAGCAAUUAACGCAGAAGGUGCAACUUCUGAAUGACACUAUGGAGAAAGUUGAAGAGCUAUUCAAGAUGCUAGACUGUUCCCUGGAGCCCUACCAGAAUCUCCUAGGCGACAAGCAACCGUCCCUCCACCACGUCAACCUGACCUUCAGGCUUAUCACUGAUAAGAUACAGGAAUUGAUCCAACUUACAUACUAUUACGAGAAGCAUAUCCAAAAGAAAAGCGAUAAAAGUAGUUCCCGUCUCAAGAAGUACACUGUCAGACCUCAGCCUCCAGAAUACUGGACAGCUACACCUAUCCACGUGCUCGUCCCUGCUGAUCCUUGUCCCGCUUGUAUCGAAGCCCGCUGGCUAUCUCGCGUAACCGACUCCCCAGAAGUGCCAUUCGAUAAGGCGAUGUGUGCAACAGCGCUGAAAGAGCUCGCUGACGAGCCAGCCUUCGAGAGGAGUGACAGAAUACACCCCCUCACUGAGUGCCGAGUGCCGAGCAGUAGACUCAUACUUGCCAGGCGAUAUAUGCAAUACUAGCCCAUGCCCGCGACUUCGCCCGCGUGGAUUUAGGUUUUUGAAAUCCCGUGGGAACU